UUUCUAUCUAUACCUUAUUGGUAUAUGAAAAAUGCAUGAAUUCCUAAUUAAUAAUUGAAACGUUAUCCAAUAUUGUGAACUUUAAUGUGUCUGAUCAUUUCCAUUUCUUCAUUCAUAAGGAAUUGAAACUGAUAAAAUCCCCUUAAAGAUUUCAAUUUAUAUAGUGACUCUUAGAAACUGAUACUUAGAAGAAAAAAAAAUGUAUGUGACAAGGCCUUUGUCUAUGUACAGAAAAUCUCCAAGUACAUUGGAGAUACCACCACCAGAUGCUCCAUAUUCAGGCUAUAUAGUCAUUACAGAUGAGGAAGCAGAAGCUGAAGACACAUGUUGUUGGCGAAUAUGCCGGCGAAAGAAUGUGAAGAAACUACCUUUUCCUCAGGAUAAAGUUUUCUCAAUUACUCAUCCGUCGGAGUAUGAACAAACUUCGAGUGUUAAGGUUUGGUUUCUUCCUGUGCCUGAUCACUCUCUCUCGACGAAUAGAUACUAUGUCAUCAGAGCCAAAGGCAGACACAAAGGGAAAGUAUACAAAUGCUCAAGAGAAGGUGACAUAGUGAGUUGUUGCUUCAACAACAUCUUGAAUGACAAAAGUCCAAAACCUUUCAAUCUAAAAGACUUAUACCAAAUUUUCAAGAUUCAAAGUCACCAAAGUGGUGGUUUCUUUGCUAAGUCCAUUACACCUGAUGGAAUUCCACCAAAAUUCCUAAGAAAAAAAGGAUGGAAAGUUAGAAUAUCAGGUUCAUAUAGAUCAUGCAAACUCAAUGAAGCUCUAGGUGUUGAUGACCCUUUAAGAGAAAAGCUUCCAAGUUUCAAUUUUCCUAUCUCAAGAAAACAUUCACCACCUUUGGUUGUAGGAAAAUGGUAUUGUCCAUUUAUAUUUGUGAAGGAAAAUGGAAGAAAAGUUAAACAACAAAUGAAAAAGUCCAUGUUUUAUAGUAUGACACUUGAGCAAAAAUGGAAGGAGAUUUAUUCUUGUGGAAGAAAUGAAAAUGCAAAUGAAAAUGGAAAUGAAAAUGAAAAUGAUGUUGUGACUGUGAAUGUAUUUGUUGAAAGAGAAGUGGUAUUGAUAGGUGGAAUGGAAGCAUCAAAGAAUGGAAGAAAUGAUAGUAAUGGUUUUAUAUGGUUUAGAGUGUAUAAUCCAUAUAAUAAGAGAAGGGUAAGUGUUGGUUUGAGUUCAGCAAUUAUUGAGAAUAUGAGAUGGUUACAAGAGCAAGGAGGUUGGGUUUAUGGUAAUGGGAAAGAAAGGGUUGUGACAGUUAAAGAAGAGGUAACAUGUGAAAAACAAUGGAAUAGGUUUGGUUGUUAUGUUUUGGUGGAAAGUUUUUGUCUUAGGACAUUAGAUGGGAAAUUAGUUUUGAGAUAUGAUUUUAGGCACACUCACAAGAUCAAGUGCAAAUGGGAGUAAGAAGAAAAUUUGGCUCUAAUCUAAUUAGAUAGAGUAAUUGCUGUAAUUUUCUUAUAUCCAAUGUUUAAGAUUACAAAUGCUAGUAAAUUAGUACUUAAUUUUCAUGUGUUUGAACCUAUAAUCUUCUUUCUUAUAAAUCUUUUAGUGUUUCUUAGCUCACAAACUGAAAGUACUGAACUACCUACGUGGGUCAAGUACAAAAUUUUGUUAAAAUGCUUAAAGUCAA